GCCCGCCGCCCCACAUGGAGCUGUCAGCCAUCGGCGAGCAGGUGUUCGCCGUGGAGAGCAUCCGGAAGAAGCGCGUGAGGAAGGGUAAAGUCGAAUAUCUGGUGAAGUGGAAAGGAUGGCCCCCAAAGUACAGCACGUGGGAGCCAGAAGAGCACAUCCUGGACCCUCGCCUGGUCAUGGCCUAUGAGGAGAAGGAGGAGAGAGACCGAGCGUCGGGGUAUAGGAAGAGAGGUCCGAAACCCAAGCGGCUUCUGCUGCAGCGGCUGUACAGCAUGGACCUGCGGAGCUCCCACAAGGCCAAGGGCAAGGAGAAGCUCUGCUUCUCUCUGACGCGCCCACUCGGCAGCGGGAGCCCCGAGGGGGUGGUCAAGGCGGGGGCACCCGAGCUGGUGGACAAGGGCCCCUUGGUGCCCACCCUGCCCUUCCCGCUCCGCAAGCCGCGCAAGGCCCACAAGUACCUGCGGCUCUCACGCAAGAAGUUCCCGCCCCGUGGGCCCAACCUGGAGAGUCACAGCCAUCGACGGGAGCUCUUCCUGCAGGAGUCACCGGCCCCGGAUGUCCUGCAGGCAGCCAGCGAGUGGGAGCCUGCUGAGCAGCCCCCUGAAGAGGAGGCAGAUGCUGACCUGGCCGAGGGGCCCCCUCCCUGGACACCUACGCUCCCCACAAGUGAAGUGACAGUGACCGAUAUCACAGCCAACUCCAUCACCGUCACCUUCCGUGAGGCCCAGGCAGCUGAGGGCUUCUUCCGAGACCGCAGUGGGAAGUUCUGAGUCACCAUUUUUACUUUUCUUAAACUGUUUUUUGGGGGGCUUGGGGUGGGGACUUCCAGAGACGGGGAGGGCUCGGGGAUGGGAUAAUUAUUUUAUUUAAAAAAAUAUGGAAUAGGAAAAGGGGAGAAGAUCCCGCCCCUCUCCCACCACCCUGUCCCUUUCUCUGCACGCGAUGUUUACAGAGAGGUCUCUGGGUUGCCUCGGAGUCGGAGUGGGGAGGUCCAGCACUGCUCUGUCAGUUGGGGCACCAUCUCCAGGGCAGGAUGGGGACAGGGCCACUCUCCCCUGGACACCUCUAUCGUUAUUCUUCUCUGGAGACACAGCGGCUGGUCCUAGGGACUGCAGAAGGAUGAGAAGGCCCAAACCCUCUGCCUCGAGCAGCCCGCCUGAGCCUUUCUGGUUGACUUUUUCUUUUCCUUUUUUUGGGGGGGGUGUGGGGGAGAGGGAGGGGUCUUUAUUUUUAACUUUGCACUCCAGCUUGUGGUGGGAUGGGAGGCUGCUUUUGACCAGGAGCCAAGGGCAGAGAGAAGGGGCCAGAGGAAGUUGGAGAUUGCCGUGGUGUGUCCUAUGUGUCUGAUACCUGUCUGAUCCCCUACAGACAGGUCUCUGCCUUUCCCUGGGGGCGGUUACCAGUACAGCCCCUUCUGCUGAGCGUUCCACCCUGUCCCCCAUCCCUGGCCUGUGAGAAACACUCGCGUGCACACCCAGCUGCACAGGUGUGCACACGUAUACUGCCUCCUGCCCUCGUGAGUGCGUGCGCGUGUUUGCAGAUGUGUGCAGUGGGCCUUGCAAACCUCCUGUGUAGAAACCUUGACCAGGUGAAUAUGGGGUGAUUCACAGCACAGAAUAAUCUGCCACAGUCACCCCACACUCACCCCAUCUUACACAGCCCAUCACGUGACAGGAUCUAGCCCAACUCCAUUUGCUGGAAGCUGUCAGCAGGGGUCCGGCCUUGGGCUAGGUGGCCUCAAGCGCUCCAGACACGCUGCCGUGGUGUUGCGGCUUCAGCCGGCCAGUUGCAGGCGCGCACGCUUCCGCGCAGGUGUGCGGGCAUCGGCAUAGCUCUGAGGCGCUCAGCCUGUGCUUCCUCCCCUGGGGGCCUCUUGUUCUCUCUGACUCAGGUGACUUUUCAGCCCUUCCUGCUCCCCUCUUCCUCUGUCCUCCUGUCCAGCUCAGCUAGCGCUGGGUGUGGAUAUGGGUGGUCAGGGAGGAGGGAGAGUCCCACCACCUUCUCAGGGCAGCCUUGACCCCUGACACCCUCCUCCUUCUGUUCCGUGUUCCCUCCCCAUCCACCUGACAGGCCGAAGCUGGGGCUGGCCUUGUUUUCCUGUGGGGGAACCUCUGACAUGUCUUCCUGUGGUCAGGCUGCUGUGGACGGUGGGUCAGGCUGUUUACAAGCACCGCGCCCCCGACGGCAAGGGGCCGUGUCUGCCAGGAGGAAGGGGCACUCGUUUUCUGGUUUGCACACAUGUGCCCUGUGGACUAGUAGCUUCCCCGGCAGUGAGAAGUGACUUAGCCCCUAUCCUAGCCACAUUGGGGUGCGGCACACCAGGGGAGCAAGGAAAAGGCGGGCUCCCUCCACCCUUCUGCUAUCGCUGCCUGCCUCCCCCAGGGCUGUCUCCCCACUCGCUGUCAGCAGAAUCCCUGCCGAGGCAACAAUAGGGCUGCUCUUCCUCCAGACCCCUUCUUCCCACGCUCCCAGACCAAAGACAGCCUGCACCCCAUUUCUGUUUUGGGUGACCUGCUGGCAAGAUUCCAAAAUCCCUGGUCUCUCUCUCUCUCCCCUUCCUCCUUAAUCCUUCAUUGUCCAGGGUUAAUUCAGUGCUUCCAUUGGGGUACGGUCUCCUCCCUGGUGACUUCAUUCACCACCAGCCUGGGGAGUUUAAUCGGGAGGAGUAAGUGGGGGUGGGUCAGGGAAAGGAGGGGCAGCAGGAAGCCCCACCCACCCAGCUGUGGGACCCCUGGGAAGGGAAGGGCAGCUGGAAUUGGGGACUCUCCCAGGACAGGGGCUCCCAGCAGAGGUGAGGGUGCCAGAGGGUGGGUGGGCAGGGGGGGCCUCUGCCUAAAUGCCAUUGGCCAUGGCUUUGGGACAUGGCUGGCAGCUUUCAAUAGGAGUCACAUUUAUUCUCCAUCCCCAGGGGACACAGGAGCUCUUCCUGCCUCAUGGGCACUUUCAAAGAGCUCUUUGUGCAAAUCUGCAGGACUGGGGGUUUGGGGGGCUCUUUUGUGGAAUGAGGCAGCUGUUUUUCUGUCAUGAGCAACGGAACACUGCUUGCCUCUUGUUUAGCCCUUUGUAGCCCACGGGGCCCUGUGUCUCAGGGAAGGCCGAACCCCGCGGGAGCCAGAAGGGCUGUGGGCUCUUAGGACAGAGACCUCUAUGAGGGGCUGGGUGCGGCCUUGCAAGCCCACCUCCCAGCCCUGAGUGUCCCAGCCGGGCUGCCGGGGCCUGAGAGGGGACAAGGCGGACACUGACCUCCUACCCCACCUCACCACCGCCACCCAGAAGGCCAGUACUCCUGGGGCUGGGGGCUUAGAAACAGACCACCUGCCUCUCCUUCACCCAGCGCCCACCCAUUUGAAUGUAGAGAGACCAGUCGGUACUUUUCUUUCGCUGUGGGGGUUGCCCGAGGAGAAUGUUCUCCACCCUCGUCAAGGCCACUCGGAACGCAGCCCGCUGGGCAGCGCCGUGAUCGUCACCCCAUUGAUCCCAUCGCCAACUUUCUCCUCUCCUGCCGGAGGAAGGCGCUAUGCUUCUGUAAGGCGGUGUAGCUUCUGCUUUCUAAGUGGCCAGCCUGGCCUCCAGGUCUCAGCACAAUAACGCUUCCUUUGCACAGAAUGAGCAGUGAGCUUUGUUCAGACGAAGUGAAUGUAUUUGGGAGGGGCUGGGCACGAGCGGACCCCAGCACAUGCCUCUUCUGCGUGGGUGUGUGCUGCGGAGAGCCAGAGUGGAUGCAGACGCGGUUUUAUUUUUGUACUGAUAUUGGUAAGAGACUGUAUAGCAUCUAUUUAUUUAGAUGAUUUAUCUGGUAAAUGAGGCAAAAAAUUAUUAAAAAUACA